CCGCACCGCCCGCGCCUCCCGCAGCAGCGCCCGGCUCCCACCCACCGCAGAGAUGGCAAACAAGGGCCCUGCCUAUGGCAUGAGCAGGGACGUGCAGUCCAAGAUCGAGAAGAAGUACGACGACGAGCUGGAGGAGCGUCUGGUGGAGUGGAUCGUGGCACAGUGCGGCUCCUCCGUGGGCCGCCCCGAGCGCGGCCGCCUGGGCUUCCAGGUCUGGCUGAAGAACGGCGUCGUCCUCAGCCAGCUGGUGAACAGCCUCUACCCUGCCGGCUCCAAGCCCGUCAAGAUCCCCGACCCCCCCCCGACCAUGGUGUUCAAGCAGAUGGAGCAGAUCGCUCAGUUCCUCAAGGCGGCUGAGGACUACGGCGUGGUCAAGACGGACGUGUUCCAGACCGUCGACCUCUUUGAAGCCAAGGACAUGGCGGCGGUGCAGAGGACGCUGAUGGCUCUAGGGAGCCUGGCAGUCACCAAGAACGACGGCAACUACCACGGGGACCCCAGCUGGUUCAUGAAGAAGGCGCAGGAGCACAAGCGGGAGUUCACCGAGAGCCAGCUGAAGGAGGGCAAGAACGUCAUCGGUCUACAGAUGGGCAGCAACAAGGGCGCGUCACAGGCGGGGAUGAGCUACGGCCGGCCCCGGCAGAUCAUCAGCUAG